UUUCUGUAAGUCAACCAAUACGAAGCACGGCCACACAAUUUCAAUCCGCCCUCGACCGCACGUUCUGAUUGCAAGACCCACUGGCCACCAAAGUCCCAUCUCUACUACCAGUAUCGUCAUCGCCUUCUCCCCUGGCCAAGCACAAGCGCUCAUCCUCGAUCGACACACCGCCACCGUUAUCAGGAUUCAGGACCAACAGCCCCUACAGGUGAGAGGUUGGGAUUCUCCGAUCAAUAAGGAACUCAGGCGCAGAUUCGAACAUGGCUCGCAAGCCAAUCUCAAAUGCGAGAAUGAAGGCUGCAAAAGAUCGGACUAUUGGUCAAACAAGUGCUCCUUCCACAAAUGGACUCGAAGCCCCUGAUCAGGAGGAGCUGGAAUCCUUUUUGCGCACCGCAUUCUAUAUAUGUAGUCAAAUUGAAGAAUUCGGGAAGAUGCGUCAUCAGGGAAGUGGAAGUGCUCCUCACACACAAGGAGUCGACGCUCCCGCUGAUGAAGAUGAAGAUGUGGAGCAGGAGAGAUUAAUGGACAGCCGCAUGUACAUGCAGGCGACUCGAGGACGUGUUGAUGAAUUUAUUCGAAUUUUACCCUCAAUAUCCUCUGAAAAGAAACUUCAACUCUCAGAAAUCCUCUCCCAAGUUAGCCCCCAGAACAACACAUGCCUGCACAUAGCAGUAAGCUUUGGACACCAUGAGCUUGCCGAGUACAUCGUGGGACUGUGUCCAGACCUUAUCAAAAUGACAAACUCCAAAGGCGACACUGCACUUCAUAUUGCUGCUAGAAAAAAGGAUUUAUCUUUCGUUAAGUUUGGCAUGGAUUCAUGUCUUUCUGGAAGUGGCGCAUCCCGAGAUGUAGAGCAGGCUGAGCACUCAUUGCUGAGAAUUGUUAACAAAGAAGGAAAUACAGUGUUGCAUGAGGCACUGAUAAACCGUUGCAAACAAGAAGAGGUGGUGGAGAUCCUUAUUAAGGCAGAUCCACAAGUGGCUUAUGAUCCGAAUAAGGAGGGAAAGUCGCCAUUGUAUCUAGCUGCAGAAGCACACUACUUCCAUGUCGUCGAGGCUAUUGGAAAAUCUAAAGUUGAGGAGCACAUGAACAUUAACAGAGACCGCGAAGCCAAGCCGGCAGUCCAUGGUGCCAUUCUGGGAAAGAGUAAAGAGAUGUUGGAAAAAAUACUAGCCCUGAAGCUCGUCCACCAAAAAGAUGAACAGGGAAGGACUCCACUUCAUUAUGCAGCAUCGAUUGGAUAUCUUGAAGGAGUUCAAAUGUUGUUAGACCAAUCUAACUUUGAUCGAUAUCAAAGGGACGACGAAGGCUUCUUACCCAUCCAUAUUGCAUCAAUGAGAGGCUAUGUAGACAUCGUCAAAGAGUUGCUCCAGAUCUCCUCUGACUCAAUAGAAUUGCUUAGCAAACACGGUGAGAACAUUCUUCAUGUGGCAGCCAAGUAUGGUAAAGAUAAUGUAGUCGAUUUUGUGCUGAAAAAAAAAGGGGUUGAGAACCUUAUAAAUGAGAAGGACAAAGGUGGAAACACGCCACUGCAUUUGGCUACCAGGCAUGCACAUCCUAAGGUCGUAAACUAUUUAACAUGGGAUAAAAGAGUUGAUGUGAAUCUUGUGAAUAAUGAAGGCCAGACUGCUUUCGACAUUGCUGUAUCAGUGGAGCAUCCAACUUCAUUUCACCAGAGACUAGUUUGGACAGCACUCAAGUCUUAUGGUGCACGACCAGCCGGAAAUUCAAAGGUCCCACCAAAACCGUCUAAAUCACCUAAUACGGACGAGUACAAGGACAGGGUAAACACUCUUUUGUUGGUUUCGACCCUUGUUGCCACCGUGACAUUUGCUGCUGGUUUUACCAUUCCGGGAGGCUACAACAGCUCUGAUCCAGGUGCCGGCUUGGCUAUCUUUCUGAUGAGAAAUAUGUUCCAUAUGUUCGUCAUCUGCAAUACCAUUGCUAUGUAUACCGCCAUCCUCGCGGCAAUCAUCCUCAUCUGGGCACAGUUAGGUGAUCUCAAUUUGAUGGAUACUGCCUUCACAUGGGCAUUGCCAUUCUUGGGGCUGGCCCUUUAUGCAAUGUCCUUGGGCUUCAUGGCAGGUGUUUCCUUGGUGAUCAGUAAUCUUCAUUGGCUUGCAAUUGUUGUCUUCAUUAUUGGAACCAUCUGCCUUGUCAGUCUCCCAGUACCCUUUCUUUUACUCUUCCUCCCAAGUGAGUCUACUAAUCAUAUCCUUAGGUACAUCUCCUAUUAUCCGUUCCUUAUACUGGUAUGGGCAUCUGAAAGCUCCGAAAUCAAACAGGAAGAUUAGCUUGCCCUGUUGAUGAUGUAUAUUUUAUAGACCGUAAAAGCAACUCUUUUUUUGGUAACUCAUAUUUUAGUAAACCUUAAGAACCUAAA